UUUUUGUUGCUGAUAUCGCAGAAUGAAACAUGCAAUUUUCUAAAUUGUAGAUCAUACAAUCUCACUCAUUGACCUAUCUAAGUUUGAAAAUGAGUAGAAAGCGAUCCCGUCUUCAAGAAAAGGCCCAGCUUAGCCAGGAGCUGAAUCGCCUCGCUGAAAAGCUUGGUGAAGCUUGCAGCGUGCCAGCAAGCAGUCCUCAGCAGCAAUGGGAAGGGUACCUGCGGGUAACGUCAUUGAUUGAAGAACUUCUUCGUGCUCAAAAACCCAGUCAUGAGUCAGCGGUGCGCAGUGAAGAAGAAACGCAGAAGCUUCACGAGGACUUUGGUGCAUGGAUGAAACGAAACGGUGCCGAUAUCAAGGAUGUGAAGAUCAGCAAGGUCGAUGUUGGUGAUAGAGGUCUCAUUGCCACACGGACAUUAGAGGCAGGUGAUGUUGCGGUGACCAUCCCAGCCAAGGUUAUGAUGUCGGUGCACAGUGCAUUAAAAACCCCGCUUGGCCGCUUAAUACGGAGCGAUGCACUCUGCAAGGAAAUGCCGAAUGUAGUGCUGGCGCUGCAUCUGCUCAAUGAGAAGCACAAGCGAGACUCCUUCUGGAAACAUUACAUCCAUACACUUCCUGAGACUUACCACACACCGCUCUACUACUCACCCGAAGAGAUGAAGCUGCUCCAAGGCACAUCCGGCUUCAGCGACGCCGUCAGUUGUGUACGCAACAUUGCCAUGCAAUACAGCUAUCUGUUCAGACUAAUCAAGAACUAUCCCAAUCUCCCGUUGAACGUCAACACAUUCACAUACGACGAAUACAGGUGGGCAGUAUCGAGCGUGAUGACACGACAGAACAGCGUGCCUCUGGUCGGGGAGAAUGACGAGCGACAACGCAGCCUUGCCCUGGUGCCUUACUGGGACCUGGUCAACCAUCGGUCUGGCGGUGCGAUCACGACGGACUUUGAUGAUGAGAAUGACUGCCUGAAGUGCUUCUCUAUGUGGCCAUGCGAAUCUGGCUCUCAGUUCAUGAUGUACUAUGGUGACCGUAGCAGUCUAGAUUUCCUCAUCAACUCAGCUUUUGUGCCAGACGAGAAUGACCAUGAUCGAUUCAAGCUCAAACUAGGCAUCAGCAAAGCAGACAAGCUGGUAGCCAAGCGCUCUAAAGUGUUUGAGAGCUGUGGUCUCCCUGCUCACUUAUCAGGAAUGUUCACUCUGACUCGGCCAUCGAGGCCACUCCCGGUCGAAACUACUCUGUUCCUACGUGUGUUCUGCAUGAACGAAGAUGAGUUGGAUCGCUGUGCAACCGAGCAGGCCAAGAAAGAGCCGCUGCGCCUGCGUCAGAUGCUGAUGGACAGCACAUCACCCUGGUCACUCAGUCUUCACAAACGCCUUUGGGCUUUCCUGAACACCAGGUGUGAGCUUCUGCUUCGCCAGUAUCCCAGCUCUAAUGAGGCGGAUGAUCUCAUCAUUGACGACCCGUCCAGCUCUUUCCCAACGAUAUCAAUCAUGAAGUUCCGCAAGUCUGAGCGGCGCCUGCUCAAUGAGAUGAUUGAGUUUGCACGUCACAAGCUUCAGCUGCUGGAAGCCGAGUAGAGUGUACGUAUGCAGUAUGGUUCGCUAGCAGCAUUGAUCGGCCAAGUUGUUGCCAUGCGUUCGGCAUGCACUGGCCCGUCGAUGUGCAGCAUUGCAGUCAUGCUGCCCUGCCCAGUGCCCAGUGCAGAUACACUUGAUGUUGAGACUGCGCUGCGGUGCUACUCUGCUAUCCUCGCCUCUGGCAAGUAACUUAGCAUUGAUUCCUACCCCUUGCCGCGUGUGCGUGCAUGGCUGUGACUGUACGCUGUGCUGUACACUGGCCCUUGGUCAUCGCAGACUAUGCAUACCCGAUACUAUGGUACAGCCGAGUCUAUCUCCUUGCAUAUGCAUCUGUUACUAUUUUGUACAUAUAACACCACGACCCAAAGUGACCUUCGGGCUGGGGCUUGGAAAAGAACUCGCAAUAGCCAGGUCCCAGACUGUUUCGGCCGCAUCUCCGUGUACAUUUGCCUUUCUGCGGCGCUCUUAGUUUUUACUGCCAACCGGGAGUCCACUUUUAUUUCACUUAUCCAGACUGGGCCUGAUCUCAUCUGGAAGGGUUUCCUUUCUCCCCCCCCCCCCCCUUCAUUCUUUUCUGUACUCCUAGUGACCAGCAGAGUUCAGAAUUCCUGACAUGUCUUCUAUUGCACGCAGAAUGCAUGAAAAUCAACUCCCAUAGUGCGGUACAUGGUGACACCGUGCCCGCCUUUACUGCCCGCGCUCUUGCUGUGCUUUACCACCCGCGCCCUUGCUGUGCUUGGGCGGCCGGCUUUCCAUUGCUCCAUGCAACUCUAUACAUUAAAUUUGUUGGUGUCUUUAUUUUCUUAGGCCUCUGCGCAACUUCACUAACCAGGGCAGCUGCCAUGCCCAUCCAUGGCUAUAAUUUUUUUUCCAAUCCAAUAGUUAUUUAUUCAUUUCUUUUUCUUCUUCCGUCUAUGUCGUUCUGUCUGUUUCUCGCUUUACCUUGUACUUGGUGAUGUGGCUUCCCUUUCUUGAUUUUCUAGUGUCAUUUCAACUUACGUGCCAUCAUCACCGUUCACCAGUGCUGUGCGGUGUCAGGGUCCUUCUUUUUAUGCUUUCUCCAUGAGAAUUGAAUGUGGCGUUUGAGCAGACUCGAAGCAGCAAGACAUAAGUUCGCUCUUAUUUCAAUGGCCAAGCGUGUUGUUACUGAUGCCAAAGCGUAGAGCUCAUCUGUUGUCUUGUGGUCUAUUCAUGGUCGGUGCUCAUUGCAUACGUUUUUUCUCAUUAUUUUUUUGUUUGCUGCCAGCCAUCAGAGAUGCAGCACCUAAAUGUA